AUGGGCUUCCCGUUCACAGACAAUGCUCCCAAUCUGGCCGCUGUAGUCAUAGUGUUAUUCAUUGCCAGCGCCAUCGUCUUUCCUCUCCGGAUCUACAUCCGCUUGUCGAAGAAAGUGUGGGGUGUGGACGACUGGAUGAUUGUCGCCGCGGUGCUACCCUUCAUAGCUUUUUCGUCAGCAUGUCUGUCUGGAUCAUUUCAUGGCAUUGGUGUGCGGCAAGAGCGGUUGACUGACGACCAGGCCAAGCAGGGUCUGAAGGUCUUCUUCCUCUUUGAGAUCCUGUGGUGUAUCACUGUCAUACCAACCAAACUCGCCAUAUCCUUUCAGCUUGCACGAAUCGCUGGGCCUAAGCAGUUCUAUGUCUAUAUAUUAUGGGCGAUGUCUGCUAUCCAGACAAUAGUCAGCCUAGUUGCAUUAUUCUACAUCAUCUUUCGCUGCAAACCUGUUAGCUAUGCUUGGAACACAUCAACACCAGGCGGUCACUGCGAACCCGCGAGCACACUGACAGAUAUUUAUUACGCCGCUACAGCCAUCAAUAUCGUCUUCGACUACGGCUGCUCAAUUCUACCAAUACCACUCCUUUGGUCGCUGCAAAUGAAUGCCAACGCCAAGAUUACCGUCGCCAUCCUUCUAAGCCUGGGCGUCUUGGCCUCACUAUCCGCUUGCGUGCGACUAAAGUACACCGUCGCUCUCACCAAUGCCACGGACUACCUCUACAGUAUCUCUAACGUCGUCAUCUGGGGCUAUGCGGAAAUUGGUGUCGGCUUCUUCGUAGCUUGCGCAGCUACACUACGGCCUUUGGUGCGGAGAUUCGUCGACCUACGUGCGAGCUCCGACAAGCGUUCGAGACAAGAUCACCUCAAUGCUUUGCCGGAAGAUGUACAGCUUGCCAGCAGAUUAGGCGGUCACGAAAACGGCUGGUAUGGUGAGCUGAAGCAACCGAAGGUCUCGACGAGCGAGGAACGCUUGGUGCCGCAAGGACAGGAGAUUGUGAUUAGUAAGAGUGUGCAGCAGUCUUCUGCUGGGGGAGGAACGUCGCGAUGA